CAGUCUGUCCAGGCCACGCCGCCAUUUUGUGUGAAUUUCUGACUGCGGCGGGGGCCGGACAGCCGGGGCACCGAGGGCGGGCAGACAGACAGACAGACAGUCGGCCCGUCUCCGCGGCCCGUUUCUCUUCUCCCUAAAACCCUUCUCUUCUUAACCCCCCCUCGCUCGCUCUCCUCUUCCCCCCUUCCCCCUCGCUUGCUCAAUCGCGCGCGGCCCGCGCUAAUUACACCCAACCACCCACCAGUCUCCUUGUACUCCGGGGUCCCACUCCCGAGUCCGCGGGUGUGUGUGUGUGUGUGUUGGGGGGCGUGGGGGGGGGCGUCUCGCCCAGAUGAGGGCCCCGCGCCCGUGAGCGAGUGACCCCGGGGACGAGCUGCGGAGAAAGCAGGCGGCGAGCGGCCCGCCGAGGCCUAGGCCGCGCGGCUGACGCGGAGGUCGGCGCAGAGGAACGAUGGAGGCCGCGCCCGGGACCCCCCCGCCGCCGCCAUCAGAAUCGCCGCCGCCGCCAUCGCCGCCAUCAACGCCUUCGCCUCCUCCGUGUUCCCCCGACGCCUGCCCGGCCGCCCCGCACCUCCUCCACCGCCUCCCGCUCCCUGACGACAGGGAAGAUGGUGAGUUGGAAGAAGGUGAACUGGAGGAUGAUGGGGCAGAGGAGACCCAGGACACCCCUGGAGGCCCUGAGAGGAGCCGGAAAGAAAAAGGGGAGAAGCACCACAGCGAUUCGGACGAGGAAAAGUCUCACAGGAGGCUGAAACGGAAGCGGAAGAAAGAGCGGGAGAAAGAGAAGAGAAGAUCGAAAAAGAGGAGGAAAUCUAAGCACAAGCGCCAUGCAUCCUCCAGCGAUGAUUUCUCCGACUUCUCUGAUGACUCCGAUUUCAGCCCCAGCGAGAAGGGGCACCGCAAGUACAGAGAGUACAGCCCCCCGUACGUGCCGUCCCACCAGCAGUACCCCCCGUCACACAGCACGUCCCUGCCCAAGAAGUCCUACUCCAAGAUGGACAGCAAAGGCUACGGCAUGUACGACGACUAUGAUAACGAGCAGUACGGGGAGUAUGAGGGCGACGAGGAAGAGGAUAUGGGCAAGGAGGACUACGACGACUUCACCAAAGAGCUGAACCAGUACCGGCGUGCCAAGGAGGGCAGCAGUCGGGGCCGAGGCGUUCACUUUCUGAAUCACCGUGCAGGCAGUCGAGGCCGUGGCAGGGGCUACCGGGGCCGAGGAAGCCGCGGAGGGUCUCGGGGCCGAGGCAUGGGCCGGGGCGGCCGAGGCAGGGGCAGAGGCUCCAUGGGAGACCACCCAGAAGACGAAGACGACUUUUAUGAAGAUGAGAUGGAUUAUGGAGAAAGUGAGGAGCCAAUGGGAGACGAGGAUUACGACGACUAUUCCAAGGAGCUAAACCAGUACCGCCGGUCCAAGGAUAGCCGAGGACGAGGGUUAAAUCGAGGCCGUGGCCGGGGUUCCCGAGGCCGAGGCAAAGGGAUGGGCCGUGGCCGAGGUCGAGGUGGCAGCCGAGGAGGGAUGAACAAGGGCGGGAUGAACGAUGAUGACGACUUCUAUGAUGAUGACAUGGGCGAUGGCGGCGGAAGCUACCGGAGCCGUGACCAUGACAAGCCCCAUCAACAGUCUGACAAGAAAGGCAAAGUCAUCUGCAAAUACUUCGUGGAGGGACGGUGCACAUGGGGAGACCACUGUAACUUCAGCCAUGACAUCGAGCUACCAAAGAAGCGAGAGCUGUGCAAGUUUUACAUCACCGGGUUUUGUGCCAAAGCCGAGAACUGCCCCUACAUGCACGGCGAUUUUCCGUGUAAGUUAUACCACACGACUGGGAACUGCAUCAAUGGUGACGACUGCAUGUUUUCCCACGACCCUCUGACCGAGGAGACAAGAGAGCUCUUGGAUAAGAUGUUGGCUGACGAUGCGGAAGCGGGCGCCGAGGACGAGAAGGAAGUUGAGGAACUGAAGAAGCAGGGCAUCAACCCCCUGCCCAAACCACCCCCCGGGGUGGGCCUCCUGCCCACUCCGCCUCGGCCCCCCGGCCCCCCUGCCCCCACCUCUCCCAACGGCAGGCCCAUGCAGGGCGGCCCCCCGCCCCCACCCCCACCUCCUCCUCCGCCCCCCGGACCCCCGCAGAUGCCCAUGCCAGUGCACGAGCCGCUGUCCCCCCAGCAGCUGCAGCAGCAGCAGGACAUGUACAACAAGAAGAUCCCCUCCUUGUUUGAGAUCGUGGUACGGCCCACAGGACAGCUGGCUGAGAAGCUGGGUGUGAGGUUCCCUGGACCUGGAGGACCCCCCGGGCCGAUGGGCCCUGGGCCCAAUAUGGGACCCCCGGGGCCAAUGGGGGGCCCAAUGCAUCCCGACAUGCACCCCGACAUGCACCCGGACAUGCAUCCCGACAUGCACCCCGACAUGCACCCCGACAUGCCGAUGGGCCCUGGCAUGAACCCUGGCCCGCCCAUGGGACCUGGUGGCCCCCCAAUGAUGCCUUAUGGCCCUGGAGACUCCCCGCAUUCUGGAAUGAUGCCCCCCAUCCCACCAGCCCAGAACUUCUAUGAGAACUUUUACCAGCAGCAGGAAGGCAUGGAGAUGGAGCCGGGACUCAUGGGGGACGCAGAGGACUACGGGCACUACGAAGAGCUGCCGGGGGAGCCUGGGGAGCACCUCUUCCCCGAGCACCCUCUGGAGCCCGACAGCUUCUCUGAGGGAGGGCCCGCAGGCCGGCCGAAGCCGGGCGCCGGUGUCCCCGACUUCCUGCCCUCAGCCCAGAGGGCCCUGUACCUGAGGAUCCAGCAGAAGCAGCAGGAGGAGGAGGAGAGAGCGAGGAGGCUGGCUGAGAGCAGCAAGCAGGACCGGGAGAAUGAGGAAGGUGACACUGGGAACUGGUACUCAAGUGACGAGGACGACGGUGGGAGCAGCGUCACCUCCAUCCUUAAGACCCUCAGGCAGCAGACGUCCAACCGACCCCCGGCUUCUGUCGGGGAGCUGAGCAGCAGUGGGCUGGGGGAUCCCCGCCUCCAGAAGGGACACCCCACAGGAGGCCGGCUGGCUGACCCCCGCCUCAGCCGGGACCCCAGGCUCACCCGCCACACUGAGGCCUCCAGCGGGUCAGGCCCCGGCGACACGGGGCCCUCCGACCCUCGGCUGGCUCGCUCCCUGCCUGCCCCUAAGCCCGAAGGCGGCCUUCAUUCCAGCCCCGCGGGCCCCAGCGGCUCCAAGGGGUCUGGGCCACCCCCUGCAGAAGAGGAGGAAGGGGAGCGGGCCCUGCGGGAGAAGGCCGUGAACAUUCCCCUGGACCCCCUCCCCGGGCACCCGCUGCGGGACCCGCGGUCGCAGCUGCAGCAGUUCAGCCACAUCAAGAAGGAUGUGACCCUGAGCAAGCCGAGCUUCGCCCGCACCGUGCUGUGGAACCCCGAGGACCUGAUCCCCCUGCCCGUCCCCAAGCAGGAUAUCGUGCCCCCCGUCCCUGCGGCCUUGCAGGCCAUGCCUGCCCUGGACCCCAGGCUGCAUCGGGCCUCCACUGUGGGUCCCUCCAACCCCCGACAGCGCUCAGGCACCUCCACGGACCCCGGCUCAUCCGGCUCCAGCCUGCCUGACUUCGAGCUCCUCUCUCGAAUCCUCAAGACUGUCAGUGCCACUGGCCCCUCUGCUGCCCCCGGCCCCAGCGACAAGCCCAGCGACCCCCGGGUGCGGAAGGCGCCCGCUGACCCUCGGCUGCAGAAACCAGCAGACUCUGCCGCCCCCUCCCGCGCCGCCAAGCCUGGCUCUGCCGAAGCGCCCCCUCCAGCCGCCAGCCCCAGUGGGGAGUCCUCUCCCCCGGCCACCGCCCCCUAUGACCCCCGCGUGCUGGCGGCUGGUGGGCUGGGCCAGGGCAGCGGGAGCGGGCAGAGCAGCGUGCUGAGCGGCAUCAGCCUCUACGACCCCAGGACUCCCAAUGCAGGUGGUAAAGCUGCAGAGCCUGCUGCCGACGGGGCUGCCCAGCCCAAGGGCGCCGAGGGCAACGGCAAGAGCUCGGCGGCCAAGGCCAAGGAGCCCCCGUUUGUCCGGAAGUCUGCCCUGGAACAGCCCGAACCAGGGAAGGCCGGUGCGGACGGGGGCUCCAGCACAGCCACGGACCGAUACAACAGCUACAACCGGCCCCGGCCCAAGGCUGCUGCCGCCCCCGCCGCCGGCACCCCCCCUCCAGAGGGCGCGCCACCCCAGCCCCAGCCCGGCGUGCACAACCUGCCAGUGCCCACCCUCUUCGGGACCGUGAAGCAGGCGCCGAAGACGGGCUCCAGUAGCCCGUUCGCUGGCAACAGCCCCGCCCGAGAGGGCGAGCAGGACGCGGGGUCCCUGAAGGAUGUUUUUAAAGGCUUUGACCCCACCGCCUCCCCCUUUUGCCAGUAGUGUGAGGUCGGGCGGAGCUGUCCCUACACCCACCCUUCCUAGGGCAAUAUUUAAGUGCAGCAUCCAGAGUUGGGAACUUGGGGGGAGGGGGCGCCUGGGUAUUCUUUCUUUACUUUUCCUUCUUUUUCUUUUGCUCUAUGCUCUUUCUCGCUCUUGCUCCCCCCCUUUUUUAAGUAAUACUUCCUUUUUAAAACAUAUAAAUUGUAUAUAACCAUCUUCAGUUCUCGUCAGCGCUGCAGGGCUCCGGGCUCCCACCAAGAAAACCUACUUGUGCACAUGAACAGUUUGCAAGUCACCAGCUGGUGCUCUGCCUGGCCGGCCCAAUUUUCAGGGACUCCUUGAAGACUGGGGGUCCAGGGGGUUUUCUGAACACAGCUUGGCCCUCCCCCCCUCCUUGCAGGACAAAGGUGUUGAUAAGGCCCUGAGCACUGCUCACGUGUUGCAUGAGGAGGCGAGAUGUAGCCGGGACCGAGGCAGGACCCGCUUAGGGGCCAGUGGGGGGCGAAAGAUUAUCCAGGAAAGGAAAAGAGCCCUGGGAGCCUCCCUGGAAGAGACAGAACCCCUUCCUGCCGCAUCGCAUCGCCUCUGGAUUCACGCCUGGUCCCUCGCCAGCCUCAGCCCAGAGUUCACCCUGAGCCCGCACCUCAGGCCCUCGACCGCAGACGCCAGGGUGAGAGGCUGGGGCAGGGCCCCGUGCUGCUUCCACAGGCAGCGCUGCAGAUGGUGUUUUCCGUCAGUAUUAGCCCCUCCUGUCCUGUCCUGUCGGCCAUGCCCUUCUCCCCUCGUGCCAGGGGCUGUCCUGCUCCUCAGAAGCCAGAGUGCCAGCGCUGGCCCUGGUGCCCCUGGGGACGGCUCAAGGAUCCGUGGCAUGGCCGCCACCAGGCCCUGAGGGGGAGGCCUGGGUGGUCUGGGCAGUGCUUCUGUCUCUGCUCCCUCUGCCCCUCUUUGCGCCGUAUCUGUGGGGCCCGUGGUCUCUGUGUGUGGGUUUCUUCUAAGCGACAGGUGCACCAGUUCAGAGGCGUGUGGGUGUGGGGUUGGUGGGCACUCCCCUACAAAGGGCCUGAGGGCAGGCUGGGGAGUAGCCAUGGCAGGGGGGGCUGCUGGGCUUCCCGGGGGAGAGGCAUCAGGACCCCCCCUGCCGGUAGGUGUGGAACCCGAGACCUGCGUCCUGCUCCCCUGAUGAGCUGAGCCGGGAAGGGAACAGACGUCUGCACUGGCUUCUCCCAGCACCUGGCUGCGGCCCAGCCCUGUCCACAGCUCCAGACGAGCCCCCAUGGACACGGCCUGGGGAAGCUGGGCGAGGCCUGUGCCGCAGGGGCCCCUCCCGCCUGUGUUCGUCCUUGCCGGCUUCUGCCUCCUCGUCCCACCGCCUCAGCCACCUCGCUUAAGGCCCCUGUCCCUCCCUUGCUAAUAAUGAGGAAGCCUGGUGACCCAGCCAAAGGGAUCCCCCUCCCCGCACCGUGGGGUGGGAGGUGAACAAGGCUGCUCUACCAAACCCCGCUCCCCGGAAAAAAAGAGUUGUGUUUGGGGCCAGAAGCGAAGGCCAGAGGCAGCCCCGCGGGUCAGUGCGCCGUGAUCAGGCUGGUUUGGUUUGUCUUUGUCUUUUUGUUCGUUUUUUUAAACAUGAGUGAUAUUUCCCUUCGGCCGCCAGUGUUGGCCUUGAGCGGAGAGAGGGCUGCAGCCGUGGUGUUUGUACAAUGAGUAAGAAGACACAGUGCGGCUGCAGGUUUGUUUCCUCCUCUGAGGAUUUUCUUUUGUAAAAGCAAAUUAAAUAAUUUUUUAAAACAAAUUUGUGGAUGAAUUAGAAGCUGGAGCCCUCCUUGGAUAUUCAGCCUCAGAGCCUCAUGGGACUAUGAAUUUACCCCAAAUUUUCAUUUGCCAUCAGGCCAAGCUUUUAAAAAAAAAUUUGUUCUCUAACCAGGAUUGUAACAAAAGUGUAAAUACUAUUUCAGAAAGUUGAUGGUGCAAAUAUGUAUAUAACGUACUGUAUUUUUACAAUGAUCGUCGCAUGCCUCUAUGCCACCCCCUUUUUGUACUCUCUAUCUGUCUUCCAGAAACGUCACCUGCCCUUUCUCCUGUGGUCUCUUAAUCCAAUAAUUGUAUUACUGCCAUUAAAGGAUGCAGUUAUUUUAAAAA